AUGAAGCGAGAGAAUAAAAACUCAUCAAACACAUCAAUGAGCAUUUUGAAAAAAAGCAACACAACUAAGUUGGGAGGUCUAAAGGCCAGUGCGAAAUUUAGGGAUACUUAUAAGGAGAAAUGGAGUGCAAAAAGCACAAAGGACAAUGGCAUCACCUCCCGCAAGAGCAGCGUCAAUCUUAUGAAGGUUGCAGCAAGUGUGAACAUGAAUGAAGAAGAAAGUGGAGUAGGAUUAAAAAAGAAAAUCCACGAUGACAGCAAGAAAAUGGAAAAAAUUUCCGUCAAUGAGAAGUAUAACCAGGGGCAGGAAAAAAGCUACAGUAAGGUAUAUGAUGAGAAAAAAAAUGUUGAGGAUGGGGAAGGGGCGGGCAGUGCUCAAUUUAGUGGAGAGGAGGGAAAGGGUAAAGCGGCACAUAACGACGGAGAAGAAGAAGACAGUCUGCAAAUUAGCAUGACAAGGCGCUUAUCGAAAAUUAGCCAAGCACCGGCGAAUGAGGGAGUAUCCCCAGAAAUGGGUAACAUGGCGGCUGGAAAUGUACAGGAUGGGAAGGAACAGGUCGGAGGUGACGAUGCAGCUGCAGAUGAAGCGGAAAAGGAAGACGCAGACGAAGGUGUGUCUCCAUUGAGCCAUAAUACUGUGGACGAACUGACGGAGCGAUAUCGACAGAAUGGCAGCAGGGGGGAAGGAGAUGAAAUUGGCAGGGAUGAGUCGAAUUGGGAAAUCUCAUACACUGCCGAUGCGACCUUUGCCUCUUCUACCUCUUCUGCCCGUUCUGCGGUUGAUUCUGUAGCUGCUCUAGAGGAAGACCAGGAGGACAAGGGGGAGCAUAAAGAGGAGGAUGUGGCGCAUGAGACAAAAGGCAUAUACCAAAACAUCCUAAAAAAAUUAAACAUGGAGAAAAACGAAGAGCUAGAGAGUAGCCAUAUCAUAAUCCUUGGCAAUAAGGACGUGGGAAAGUCCUCUUUAGUGAAAUCGCUACAAGAAAUUUCACUGCAAGGAGAUAACAACGAUGGAGAAGUGCUAUACGGAAAUGUGGGUGGAGUUCUACCACUAGAUUAUGCAUGUUUAAGAGUAAAAAAUUUAGAAGACAAUAAAAAAGCAAAUGAAGUGAAAGGGAGUAGUCACGUGUGGAUCCUUCAGCACUCUUCAUAUGUGAGCUCGCUAAUUAAAAAUUUAAAAAAAUUUAAGGACAUCAAAAAGGUAGUCAUUCUAAUAUGCACAGAUUUGUACAAGCCUUACAAUAUCAUGUCUGACAUAAAUCAAUGGAUCGAUGUAUUGUAUGUGAUCUUUGAGCACCUUCAUGCUGAUUACAAUAUAGAAGUGCUCCGUGAGCUGAAGGAGAGCUUGCAGAGUUAUGUGUACAAUUAUAAAAAAGACGCAUUGGAGAGGAAAAAGAAGGAGAAAAAAUGCCAAGUUGGUGUGAACCCACAAAAUGACACCACUAUGGGGGACUCACAACCUAUUAUGGAAGACUUAACCCUUGAGGGCCACGUCAAACAGCGCACAAGCAGCGCAAACAGUGAGGGAAACACAUUCAACGUAGAACGAGACGGACUCAUCAAAAUCAACAUGUCAUUCCCAAUAUUCUUUGUCAUUUGCAAAUCAGACGGGUAUGAAAUUUUAAACAAUCGAACAUAUCAAGGGUAUAUCGAUGUGAUUAUUGCCUACCUGAGAAAUCUAGCGGUGAAUUACCAGGCAGCUAUUAUUUUUUGCAACACAGCGAAUAAUAAGGAAGGAAAAAAUGUGAAACUCUUGUACAGGUACAUAAUGCAUCGUAUAUAUAAUUUUCCCUUUAGUGAUAACGCCAUAUUGGACGACUACGAAAGGGCGUUUGUGCCCUCAGGCUAUGAUGACGAGAGCUUAAUAAACGAGUCCAUACAGAAUACGUUCGUGGAAAAUUUUAAUAAGCCCUAUGACUCCAUUAUCGUGAAGCCCAUAACAAAUAAAAGCAUAGUAGAACACAGCCAUAAUAUUGUUGCUGAUAUUAAUUUCAACGAUUUCUUGGCGAACCUAGCCCCACAGGUGGAGUCCAACGGGGCGAGUGGGGCCGAUGAGGACGGCGAUGAUAAUAAUUGCGACGGUGGUGAGAAUAUUUGUGAUGGUACUCGCCAUGACGCUCGAGAUAACAAUGUUAAUUGUACGGACGCAGGGGGUGACAAAAUAAAAAUCGAUGUCACCUUAAACGGAGGGACAGCAGCCAUAAAAAACGGAAGCAACAACCAGAACGGCACAAGUAAGGAACAAAAUGACAAAUCUUUGCACAGUUUUUUUCAAAGCCUGUUAGCAAAGGGUAGAUCCAAGUCGCCGAGCGCACCCAGCAUAACGCCACAGGUACUGGACAAGAAAAAAAACGUGAACCCGCAGUGA